CCUCCUCCUCCUCCAUCUGCGCGUGUCCGGCCGUGGCCGGCGAGUGCGUCCACUGACGUGGGCUCGCAAAUCUCCGCCCAAGGCCCUCUCCGAGGGGCCCGGCUCCGCGCGCGGCUGGGCCCCCGGGCGGCUCCACGCCCUCAGCGGGCGGCCGCCACUGGCCACGCCCUGCCCGUGCAGAGCCGCAGGGAGGCGACCCCUCGCCUCCACGAGGCGCCCGCCACCGAGGGGGGGCGCCUGUGCGGCGCCUCUGCGGCGGCGCGGCGCGCGCCAAUGGGCUCGGAGGCUGUGCACCACGGCUCCUCGAGCUCCAGGACGUGCGGCGCCAGCGAGGCCAGGAUGCUGUUCGACUCCAGGGCGCAGUCCUCCUGCGACACGGCGCGCGCCACGUCGCACCACGCCAGAGCCCCGUUCUCCGGCACCGCGGGCAGCGAGCGGCGCCUCCUCGGGCUGGCGGGCAUGAUUGUGACGUCGAUCUUGGGACCGGCGACCGGGUCCAACGCGAUGCAGAACUGGUCGUCCUCCUCUGGCGUCAGCACCUCCCGAGCGCCGUAGAAGGUCAGCAGGUCGUCCGCGUCUUCCGCCUGGCUCUGCUCCUGCAGCAGCCGGACGUGCUCCUGGACGUACCCCCCAAGGAGCCUAUGCAUCUCCUGGGCCGCCCCGCCGCGGCCGCGCCGAGGCGAGGGGGUGCGCCGCGGCGAGGCGCUGCGCGGCGGCGAGGCGCUGCGGGCGGGCGCGACGGGGUCGGACCAGCCGCGCUGGAACGCCGGGGCCUUCCCGUCCAGCCUGCAGGCGGGGUCGGGCUUGCGGCGGAAGACGCCUCCGAGGACCCAGCUCCUCCUGCGCGCCGUCUGGGCCGCGGUGAGCGCCGCCUCCUCGGGACGGCGGUCGUCGGCGUCGCGGCGGGACGCAAGCUCGAGAGGACGGGCCACCUCGAAGCCUCAGCCCAGGGCGCCACCGGGUCGGAAGAGCGCAUUCGCUUCCGGGGGCUCCACGAGCGGCUCCGCGGCAUGCCCUGCGCCGCGGGCACGCUUGCGUGGCGGCGGCCGGCCUGGAAGUCUGCCAAAACCGGCGGCGGGGCGACUCCGUCGAACGCCCGCUCCGAGGCCAACAUGCGAGGGCCUCCCAGCGAAAUGACGUAGCCGCCGCCAGAAAAAAAACACAACAAAGGGCGG